GUCACAUUGCAGAUGAUGGCAGAAUGAGCGACGCAAGUUCUUUGUUUGCUCAGACGUUGUGGGCAAAAUGAAAAAGAAAAAAUUUAAGUUUGAAGUAUCUUUUGAACUGAGAGAAUUGUCAAAUGUCUCUCUUGCCAGUGGCCUUUUAUUUUCAAAAUUGAGGCUACUCGAUGGCGGUAAAUUUGCUGAAACUUCAUGCAGGCUGGAGGUUCAUAAUAACCGUGUCAGAUGGCAACAAACGUUUGAAUUUGGUUGUAAAAUGACUGCCAAUUCAAAUACUGGUGUGUUGGACCCUUGUUUAUGUCGAGUUUCUGUUCGUAAGGAAACUAAGGGAGGUAAAUCAUAUGAGAAGCUUGGUUUUGUUGAAGUAAAUAUGGCUGAGUUUGCAGCAUCCAAUAAACGAACAGGAAAAUAUUUGCUGGAAGGAGAUAUUAAUGACAAAGCAAAUAGACAAGAUAACUCUAUUUUAGAGGUCAGAAUUUCCAUGCAACUUAAACAGGGUGAUCCACUUUUUAAAUUGCCAAUCUCACCACAAAAGCCAACUUCCGUAAGCGAUGACAAGUACUCUAAAGGUGAAGGUAUGCUGGACUCCAGCCAGAGGGAUGGGUUAGGUCUCACCUCGUACCUUGAUGAAGCAAGUGCAGGCACUGUUACACCAGGGACCAUCACCCCUGACACACCUUCGAGCCCAACAUCCCUAACUCCUGAGGGGGAAGAGGACACUGAAGCUAAGCUGGACUUGGCCGAGGGCUCGUCAAGUGACAAGGGGAAGGUUCUGGGGCAUCAUCGGAGUGCAAGUGAGCCACCAUUUGUUAAGGAUAGUCAUCAAGGUGGUCAAAUGUCUGAAGGUUACGGCAGCAUGACUACACAAUCCACAUCGUCUUGCAGUGAUGCAGGAAGAAGAUUCAACUCAAUUGAGAGAAGUGCCAAUAAAUAUCGCUGCAGCAGAGUGGAUGCAGGGAAUGUUGUGGAACAAAUCAUGUGCCAAGAUUCGACAGAACCUCGUGGGCAAACUGCGGAUCCCAAUCGCAACGAAGCUAAUCUGAUACCAUUCCUGAUAGCAAAGAACAGCAAUGGGAAUCUUCUUCCGAGUGACUUUGGUUUGGACAUGGAUGACAAGUACAGAACUCUGUAAGUUGAAAAAGUCACCAAAGAUAUCAAAGGUGUGACAGUGUAAAUAUAUCAUAAUGUUGAGUCAAACUAUUGGGUUUGCUAGCGGUGUUGGAGUUGAAUUUUAUUGGAAAAGAGACACCCUGGGGUUUUCUACGUAUUGCUUGGCUGAAAUAUCGUCAGAUUGAUUUUAUACCAAAAUCUUUCAUCAUGUGUCUUUAAGUUGUAAAUAUUUUUUCGAUUUAAACGAGGCCAGCCGGGCUAAUUUGUAGUCAUUUUCGUUGAAUGAUGAAGCAAUCACAGUAUAGGUUGAUAAGCACAGGUUUUUAAAAGAAGGUCAUUCAACGAAAGGUUUUUUCAAGAAUGACAGCACAAUAAUUUGAAAUGUUUUUUGAUUUUUUUUCAAUUUAUUUUAAAUAUGAAAUCUUUGAACUGUAUUCUUUAAUAUAUUCAUGCAUAUAUUUAAUCCUUCCACGUGAAUACAAUUGAUUUAUGUUGUACGCGUGCUAGGAAAACGUAUAGUUUUAAAUAGAUAAAUAGGUAAGAUUUCAUAAAUAAGUCUAUUUAUUGCAAAUAGGGCGAUGUUAACAGCAUUGACAUGCUGAGUUUAGUUUUAACUUUAAGUAUAGUAGUUGUUCUUAUAACUGAGUUUAUUUUAUUAUCACAAGUCUUUUAUCACACAGUACAUGUUAAAGAACCAUGGUUUAAAUGUGUCAUGCUAGGAAAUGAUGUGCAAAAACCAUUCAUGGCAAGAAAGUUGGAAACAAAACUAGUUUUUGAUACCUUUUUAAAUUAACCUCAACCUGAAGGUUGAUUUGAUUUUUUGUAUUCGCUGAUGCUGCUGCUUUUUCGUUACACGCGUCAUUCGUGCUGAGCGUAUGGUCACUGCGUGUGUUUCAUUAGCGUUGACACGAACCAUGAACGUUCGAGACUGACCAACCUAUUAACACGUGACAGUCAGCUAGUCUGACGUCAUAGUAAAGGAUAUCACGUGAUAUCGCUGUGCGAAUCACGAGGUCUUGGCAUGGACAGUCGAAUUAACAGAUAAUGUGGUGAUAGGCGGAGUAAUUAUGACCACCGUUGUAUAUAAAAUGGCAUUAAUAGAGUAAAUUGAUAAUAAAAAUGGUUGUGUGAAAUAA